UAAGUGCAGUCUUCACCCUGUUCGUGAGGGUGGCCAGUAACUGGAAGGCUUCCCUCUGACUUGCUCAUUCUCAUGUCGGUCACUCAGCGGCCAAAAGAUGUAUUAUUAAUGAAAUCCUCGGCGGUGAGCCUGCCGAAACGGGAGAUUGAUUGAUACUCGAAGCGACAACUUGGGAAUCAGCGACCGCCCCCGUCCCUCUCCCGCCUUCACUGCCGAGAAAUCGACUACUUCCAGACAAGGCUUCACAUCAUAAGGAAAGCGAAGCUUUGCCGCUCGAAAAGACCCUUUAACCCCUUAAGGAUGAAAUCAUAUUUCGUGUUAUUCUCGGAUUUAGGUCUUGAGGGACCGGCAGCCAGCAAUGUAUUAGAUAAAGACACGAGCGCUCAACAUUAAUUUGUUGUUUCAUCGCCAAGGCGGGAGCCGGAGGGCAGGGAUGAUGAAGGGUCAUGAGGACUCGAAACGUCAACUCUUUUCUUCUCCGCCGAUGCUGCCAGACCUGCUGAGUUUUUCCAGAUAACUUCAGAAAGAUGAAGAUUAUAUCGUUAGUGCUUCUACUGGGAGCUCAACUACCCAUGGUGACAGCUAUUUUUAUGGUCACGGCUCCCAGAUCAUCCUACAGUGCAUCCUAUGGGAAUAACAUUACUAUGGAAUGUAGAUUUCCAGUUAAAUCCAACUUCAAUACAAACCAGAUAAAGGUGUACUGGCAUCACAUGCUGAGCAAUGGAAAUUCUAAAUUAGUCUAUAAACUGUUCAAUGGGGCACCAGCUCUUCAGGAGCUGCCUCAGGAAUACAGCGAACGAGUGUUCAUGUUGCUAGAUGAACUCCGCAGUGGCCGUGCAGUGCUGGAAAUCAGCCAAGUCAGAGUUUCUGAUGCAGGGACCUACCGCUGUGUUAUUGAUCUCAAUGGAGUGGAUUAUAAAGAGACUGCACUGGAAGUCACAGCUUCUUACAAAGACAUAGAGACCAUCAAAACAAAGGAAAGGAAAGAGACAGAGUUUGUUUGUCAGUCUGCAGGGUACCCUUUAGCUGAGGUUGUCUGGUAUUAUGCAAAUGGAUCUGACAUCAACGAAACAGCAAAUACCACCCACUUCACUGGAACCAAUGGAUUGUACAAUAUCCGAAGUGUACUUAGAAUAAAAGCAGAGAACAAUGAUGCUUAUUUGUGUAUAUUCUGGAACAAGGAACUUAACAUGAAUACAUCAGCUAUUUUACAAAGUAAAGAAAUGGAAGAGACAGAUGAAAAAAUUGAUGUGUUGCUUUCAACAAAGAGGGGUUACCUCAUUGUGGCAAUCGCUGUCCCUGUAACAAUCCUACUUGGAGUCAUUAUGAUCGUGUCAUUCAUACUAAAAUCAAAGCAGACUCAGCAAGGCAAGAUAAAGAUCUCGGAAACCAGCUUGCUAAUAUGAAACCUUCACUGUCAGAAUUGGAAAGAAUGCUUUCAAUCCUAAAACCUGUGGUUUGCUUUGGAACCUGAGAAUUGUGUAUACUUCUACGAGAUGAGCUGACUGUCCAAGGCCACACAAAGUCUCAUCGGUUUGUUGCUGUACGGUGAACGUGGCUUUCAAGAUGAGCCAACAGCCACUUAAUUAUCCAGCAUCCUGUUCGCCAUGCACAUUGUCCUGGUCAGACUUCAGCCACAAAUGUGUGAAUAUGCUCUUUGUUUUUUGAGUCCGGUGAUAUGGUGACAGAAUUAGUUAUGCAAUUCACUGAAAUCUGUAACUUAACCUCUAGGACUGGAUCCAGAUACUCAAUAUUAUGCAUGCUUGGAGUAAUUCCAGCAGCUUCACGCAUCUGUCAAGUGCCCAAGUUUCACGUCUGGACUGCUUUUUGUUACUGAGGAACCACAGCUUUGCCUGGCAGUGGAUGACAAAGGAAAACUUCGGCAACAUUCUUAAAUUCAGCUUGGCAUUCUGGACAUAAAACCUUUUUACUGAAGGGGAAAACAAAUCCCUGUUAGGGAUAUAAACAGCCAAAGAUUACUGAAACUAGUCAGCUGGGAAAGUUCAAAGGGGUUUUAAGGAAGAGGAAUUUCUUACCAAGUAUUGUUUGAAGCCACAGUUGCAGCAUGUGGAUUUAUUUUAUAAUUGUGAUCCAGUUCAGAAUCAAAGGAGUAUCUCUGCCAUAUCACAGUAAUACAGGCGUUUUAAACUGCUGCGUUAGUGCUGAGAAUUUUUUAAAAUCACAUUGUUUAACAUGUUAGGGAGAAGAAGUGAAGCAGAAGAAAUCUUGUUCUAAAUUUUAGCAUUUAGCACUCCAUCUUCUAAAUCUCCAAAGCUGGAGUUUAGAUUUGAAUGUGCUUCUUGUAUCUACCUCUACAUUUUUGUUACUCUUUUUCUCCCUUGCAAGGUUUUAUGUGACCAUUUCCAGCCAUGAGACUUUUGAGACCUCCAGCACUCAGUUCUCAAUCAGUGCCACAGUGAAACCAUGGGUGCUCAAUUUUGGAGAUUUGUCUCCACCCCUUUCAGCGAAUCUCAAAAAUAUUUACAUUGCUCAACUCCUAAGCUUGAAGAUUGUUCAGAACCACCCACUCAACCAGGGGAGAGGCUUCAGAAGAAGACACAUAGCAAAGGUUUAAAAAAGAGAAUACUUCUGCUAUGAGAUCACUAUUUGAGCCAUCAACAAUGACAUCUUCAGGACUGUGAGCCAAAAUCUGGCAGUUCUGGCAGAGGCAGAGUGGAGCGCUAUGUUUAGAAAGAGUAGCAAAAGAAUAUGGCCUAGUUUCAUGCACUAAAAUAUCUCAAUAGACAUUGUUUAGAAUUGUCAAUAAAAGACAUUUAGAGCCAAGUAAACAAAUAUAUGGGAAGCAUUUUCCCGUCAGCGAGCGGAGGGGCGUGGCCUGCUCGCCAACGCAUAAAAUGACG